GUUCUCCUGAGCGGCGAGCGGAGGGCUGGUGGCAUCUCCCAGGCAGCCAGCACUGGAGAUGGAAAGCAACGCGGCUGGGCCCUGGCAGUGACAAAGUUUCCCAGCCCUGCAGGUCUCGUCUCGCCACUGCCGGCCACCCGUGACCGCCUAGGGAAAAGCUCGGGGAUUUUGAAUUUGCGGGGGAAAAGCCCAAAACAAAAAUCUAGACCCACCUCGUUUUCUUUGUGGAGCUCUUUCUCAGGGUGGCCAGCGGCCGGAGCUGCAAAGUUGUGCGCCGCAGCUCACACUGCCAGGAGACCCGCCUUUGGAGAGACUUAGGUGCUGGCGCACCCAGAGACCCCAGACGUGCCAAGGGGGUUGAGCGCGGGGGAGUUUGGGGUGUACAGCGAGGAGGGGCCCCGGGUGCUCUAUAUGGAGGAAGGACCCCAGAAUGGUGUGUACCAGGAAGACCAAAACUUUGGUGUCCACUUGCGUGAUCCUAAGCGGCAUGACCAACAUCAUAUGCCUGCUGUACGUGGGCUGGGUCACCAACUACAUCGCCAGCGUGUAUGUGCGGGGGCAGGAGCCAGUGCCCGACAAGAAGCUGGAGGAAGAUAAAGGGGACACCCUGAAAAUUAUCGAGCGGCUGGACCACUUGGAGAAUGUCAUCAAACAGCAUAUCCAAGAGGCUCCUGCCAAGCCUGAGGAGGCAGAGGCCGAGCCCUUCACGGACUCCUCCCUGUUUGCACACUGGGGGCAGGAGCUCAGCCCGGAAGGCCGGCGUGUGGCCCUGAAGCAGUUCCAGUACUACGGCUACAACGCCUACCUCAGUGACCGGCUACCCCUCGACCGGCCCCUGCCAGACCUCAGACCCAGUGGGUGCCGCAACCUCUCGUUCCCCGACAGCCUACCUGAGGUGAGCAUCGUGUUCAUCUUCGUCAACGAGGCGCUCUCAGUGCUCCUGCGUUCCAUCCACUCGGCCAUGGAACGCACGCCAUCACACCUGCUCAAGGAGAUCAUCCUGGUGGACGACAACAGCAGCAACGAGGAGCUCAAAGAAAAGCUGACUGAAUAUGUGGACAAGGUGAACGGCCAGAAGCCAGGCUUCAUCAAAGUUGUGCGGCACAGCAAGCAGGAAGGCCUCAUCCGCUCCAGAGUCAGCGGCUGGAGGGCAGCCACAGCCCCUGUGGUGGCACUGUUCGAUGCCCACGUGGAGUUCAAUGUGGGCUGGGCGGAACCAGUCCUCACCCGCAUCAAGGAAAACCGGAAACGGAUCAUUUCACCAUCUUUUGAUAACAUCAAAUAUGACAACUUUGAGAUAGAAGAGUACCCGCUAGCCGCCCAAGGCUUUGACUGGGAGCUGUGGUGCCGCUACCUAAACCCACCCAAGGCCUGGUGGAAGCUAGAGAACUCCACAGCCCCAAUCAGGAGCCCUGCCCUCAUUGGCUGUUUCAUUGUGGACCGGCAGUACUUCGAGGAGAUUGGCCUGCUGGACGAAGGCAUGGAGGUCUAUGGAGGGGAGAAUGUGGAGCUUGGGAUCAGGGUGAGUGAGAUUUCUCACACAGGGCUGAGCUCAGCUCCCAUGAUGGUAUGGCAGUGUGGCGGGAGUGUGGAGGUCCUGCCCUGCUCUCGGAUUGCCCACAUCGAGCGAGCUCACAAGCCCUACACAGAGGACCUCACUGCCCACGUCCGCAGAAAUGCCCUCAGGGUAGCUGAAGUCUGGAUGGAUGAAUUCAAAAGUCAUGUCUACAUGGCAUGGAACAUACCACAAGAGGACUCAGGGAUUGACAUCGGGGACAUCACCGCACGCAAGGCUCUGAGGAAGCAGCUGCAGUGCAAGACCUUCAGGUGGUACCUGGUCAGUGUGUACCCAGAGAUGAGGAUGUACUCUGACAUUAUCGCCUAUGGAGUGCUGCAGAAUUCCCUGAAGACUGAUUUGUGUCUUGAUCAGGGCCCAGAUACAGAGAAUGUCCCCAUCGUGUACAUAUGCCAUGGGAUGACACCCCAGAAUGUGUACUACACAAGCAGCCAGCAGAUCCACGUGGGUAUCCUGAGCCCCACUGUGGAUGACGAUGACAACCGGUGUCUGGUGGACGUCAACAGCCGGCCACGUCUCAUCGAGUGCAGUUACGCCAAGGCCAAGAGGAUGAAGCUGCACUGGCAGUUCUCCCAGGGAGGCUCCAUCCAGAACCGCAAGUCCAAGCGCUGCCUGGAGCUGCAAGAGAACAGUGACAUGGAGUUUGGUUUCCAGCUGGUGCUUCAGAAGUGCUCGGGACAACACUGGACUAUCACCAAUGUCCUGAGGAGCCUGGUGUCCUGACCCUCCACAGGCGCCACCGGCCACCGCUUUGCUACUGUGUAGCAUCAGCUGCAAUGCCGCCUGCUGUCACGUGGGGCUGCCCGGAGUCUGAGAGGGAGAGCCAAGUGGGUGGCCUCCCCCCACAAAAGAGCUUUGUAUUUCCUAUUCAAUUUUCAUGGAGUUUAUAGAGAGACGCAGAGAGGUGGGGGAGGGAACAACAUCCUGAACUAUUUUACAACUGUAAAUAGGGGACAAAUGGAAAAUAUUUAUAACUGGCAAUAAAAUAUUAUUGAUUAAGAAAA